AUUGAGACGUUCCAUGUUUGUAUCCAUUGAGGAACUGCCUGGCGCGGGGUAGAAGGGGGGAAGCGAGGAGGAGAGCAGCGGUAGCAGCAGCAGAGCGUGCAGGGCUGAUUAAAAGGGACAUUGAUCGCAUCUCGAAGACUUAGGAAGAAAGAGGAGGAGGGGGGCCGUGGAGCAAGAUGUGAGAAGCAGGAGAAGCUGUGCACAGGAGAAGCAGGCAAAGCAAUAACACCGGCAGGGAGAGUAGGGUCUGUCUCUUCUCUCUAACUAGUUAUUUAUUUAAAUGCAUUUCCAUUUGCUGCACGGAAGAAAGGCAUCUGAGCACAUUUAAUUGGAUUUUUAUUCGGGAGAAGCAAAAAAGCAGAGGCGAUUAGGGAGGUUCAUUCGAGGAUUCAUUGACAAAAAAAGAGGAGGCUGCUAACGGAGGCCGCGAGCUUGCCGAAGGAGUUCUCGAGUUGCAGCUGCCUUUGCACCGGCUUCGCCCCGUGCCCUCUGCCCCCAGUGGUCCGCGUGGCCCUUUGGAGAGGGGCGUUUUCUACAGCCCCCGCCGCCGCCGGCCCGUCCGCCUUCCCCGAUGCUAGAUACGCUCCGACCCGCCGUUCCUCCUUUCGUGGUGUCGGACAUGGCGCUGUGCAAGACGGUGGCGUGGCUCAACGAGCAGCUGGAGCUGGGCACCGAGCGCCUGCUGCUGAUGGACUGCCGCCCGCAGGAGCUGUACGAGUCGUCGCACAUCGAAUCGGCCAUCAGCGUGGCGCUGCCGGGCAUCAUGCUGAGGCGCCUGCAGAAGGGCAACCUGCCCCUGCGCGCCCUCUUCGCUAGCGGGGAGGAAGAGCGCGAGAAGUUCGCCCGCCGCUGCGGCACCGACACCGUCGUGCUCUACGACGAGAGCAGCAGCGACUGGAACGAGAACACGGCCGGGGACUCCGUCCUGGGGCUGCUCCUCAAGCGCCUCAAAGACGACGGCUGCAAGGCCUUCUUCCUGGAAGGUGGUUUCAGCAAGUUCCAGGCAGAGUAUGCCCUGCACUGCGAAACUAACUUGGACAGUUCAUGUAGCAGCAGUUCUCCCCCUCUGCCAGUCCUGGGCUUGGGUGGCCUCCGAAUCAGCUCUGACUCCUCUUCGGACAUUGAAUCCGACAUUGACCGAGAUCCUAACAGUGCCACCGACUCUGACGGCAGCCCCUUGUCCAACAACCAGCCUUCCUUCCCAGUGGAGAUCUUGCCGUACCUCUACCUGGGCUGUGCCAAGGAUUCCACCAACUUGGACGUUCUAGAAGAGUUUGGCAUUAAAUACAUCUUGAAUGUCACCCCCAACCUGCCUAAUCUCUUUGAGAAUGCUGGCGAGUUUAAAUACAAGCAGAUCCCCAUCUCUGACCACUGGAGCCAAAACUUGUCUCAGUUUUUCCCCGAGGCCAUCUCUUUUAUAGACGAAGCUCGUGGGAAGAAUUGUGGCGUACUUGUGCACUGCCUGGCAGGGAUCAGCCGCUCGGUCACCGUGACGGUUGCCUACCUGAUGCAGAAGCUCAACUUGUCCAUGAACGAUGCCUACGACAUUGUCAAGAUGAAGAAGUCCAACAUCUCCCCCAACUUCAACUUCAUGGGCCAGCUGUUGGACUUUGAGAGGACUCUGGGGCUGAACUGCCCCUGUGACAACCGCGUCCCCAGCCAGCAGCUGUAUUUCACCACCCCUUCCAACCAAAAUGUCUUCCAGGUAGACUCCUUGCAGUCCACGUGAGCACCAGCCAUGUCCUAGCUCUUCCAGCAUUGGGUUGUGUGAUCAUUCCUCGAUGAUGCUUCUCUUUGACGGCAGCAAAGGAAUCCAGUUCUGUUUUGUGGAUGCUGCUCUUGAGCAGUAGCCAGCCUGUGUGCUUAAAAAUAAAAAGGUUAACAAAGUUUGGAAUCUGCUAUUGCAAAGGGAGGGAACUAGCUGAGUUCUCCGGGGGAGGGAUACAACCACCACAAACUCUUCAGACUUUGCCUCUAGGUAGGCCACGUAUUUUUGCUCGAUGCACAAACUGCCACCUAUACAGUGACUUGGAACUGAGGACUUCCAAAUACAGAUAGGGGGGAAGAAUGGACACUAUAUGAGCACCUGUAAGACUGGGGGAAAUGUAUUCAAUGCAUUUGUAAUAUAUUGUGUUGUCUUCAGUGAAGACUAAUUGUGUGCCCCCCUCCCCCCAAUUUUUAUUUAGAGGAGCCAAAGAGAGGUUUACGCUCAAAUGUGUUUGGAAUUUUUGUUUGCCAAGAGCUUUGUAAUGCUUGGCUUGGUUGAUGUUAAAAGUUUUAAAUCCUGAAUCAAUAAGCAACAUCAGUAAAACGAUAGGUACAGUACAAGAGGUCAACUCAAGGGGUGUCAUUUUUCUCUCCAUUCUUCCUUUUGAAUGCAAAGGAUACAUUUUUGCAGCAUGCUUGAUUUUACUGUUGAAAUGAGGCAAACUUUCUUCCUUGUUUAGGGAAUCUGUCUAUUGCUUUGAGGUUUGUUUACUCGCAUUUUGUGAAUGGAUAAAGUAUAUUUUGUGGUGUGUGCGCAUAUGCAUAUAUAUAUAUAUAUAUAUAUAUAUAUAUAUAUAUAUAUAUAUAUAUGAUAUUAUUAUUAUUUUGCAGGGGUGUGCCAUCAACAUAGGGUCUCAUUAUGACUUAUUUGGCCUUACCUUUUGUAAAUAGCCUAGUUUGCAUUUUUCUUUUGGAAGAGAGUUACGUCUUCAGAACAGAAGAUUCUUUUUUCUGUAAAUUAUCAAAUUCAAAACAAAACGAUUUUUGUGCUAAACAGUGCAUUACCUCUGUACAAACUUUUCAGGGAGCUUCGCCUCAAAUGCAAUACCUUGCAUUUAUUUUUGUAUAAAACUGGAAGUGUGUGUGUGGGUGUGAGCAUGUGUACCUGUGUAAUAUGCAAGAAGGUCUUGCGCACACAAUUGUCAAAAAAGGGAGUGUCUCUGAUUUGCCGGUGUAAAAGUUGGGAUUUUAUUCUAAGAAUGUUGAGAUCAUAAAUUAUUAAUAAAUAACUAUUUUUGGCUAUUUGAGAA